AUGGCUUUGAGGGAGGGAGAACUCAGUGUGUGCAGUCCCAAGAUCCCUUCUAAUGUGGCAUUUUUUGUGUGUACAAAGGCCCUUGAUAACAUUUUAACAGUGUAUACUGGAUCAUCCUAUAGCAGGGAGAUGUGCCAUCCUAAUAGAGUAUUGUGUGAUUUAGUUCUUGAUCCGACUCAUGUUACUCUCUACAGUCAGCAAAGAGUGUUUGCAGUUCAAGUAUUUGAGUUGCAUAGACUGAUAAAGGUCCAACAACUGAUUGCUGAAUCACCGAAUCUUUUGCUUGAAGAUGGUACUUUUCUGGGCAAAGCUUCAUUGACGGUUACUCCUGCAAAGAAACUUCCGCUCAAGUAUGUUUUAAAACCGCCAUCGCACAUUGUUAAGGGCAAAGACAAUUCCGAGAAUCCAAACCAUAAAAUGGAAUUUUCUGCAGAAAAUGCGGUUGGGAAGACAUGUCUUUCUUCUGUGAAAAAUGGUAGUCAGCCGUCAAAUUAUGGGCCUUAUCCAGGACACUUGCAGCCAGCAACUAUGGCUACUGGUAAUAAUAUGGGUCCUUGGUCUUUCCAUCAGUCACCUGGGCAUCAAUGGUUAAUUCCUGUAGUGUCUCCCUCUGAAGGACUUAUAUACAAGCCCUAUCCUGGACCUGGGUAUAUGGGAACAGUUUGUGGAGGAGCUGGACCUUUCAGCCCAGCUCCCUUGACAGGUAACUUUAUGAAUCCAGCCUAUGGGGUUCCAGCUUCUCCUCAUCAUCAAGGAAUCGGGAAUCUUCCUGGUACUACUCCACUCGGUCAUUCUUACCUUCCUCUAUAUGGCAUGCCUGUCAUGAAUCCAGCCAUGUCAGGUUCAGUCGUUGAACAAGUGAGCCAAUUUACUGGAACUGUUGCACAUGAUCAAUCUCAGUUUUCCGGAGGUAGAACCAACUCUAACACGCCGCAUCCAAGCUCAUGCAAUGUGCCAAACCAAAAACAUGGAGCUAUUUCACAAGUUGCAAAGUUUCAGGCAUCCAAAGACAGUGAGUUGCAAGGAAGUACAGCAAGUAGUCCCUGUGAGAGAUCGCGAGGUGUUGGGACAGGUUACUCUUCUGAGGGGAGAGAUGCGCUUCCACUUUUUCCUAGGGAUCCAGUCGUCCCAGAGGCAGCUUCUCAGCCUCGUGAAACCGCCGACCGACCAACACGUGUGAUCAAAGUUGUGCCUCAUAAUCCUAGAUCUGCAACUGAAUCAGCAGCUCGAAUUUUCCAAUCUAUACAAGAAGAGAGAAAGCAGCACGACUCGGUUUAGCUCAUCAUAUACAUCAAUCACCUGCUGUUAAAUGAUCUUGGACUCAGCCAAGUUGGUGUCGGGUUUGGUCAUUUCCUCUGUACUCUUUUGGUAAUGGGCUUGCCCUUGUUUAAUUAUUGUGACCUAUAUAUACAGUGUAUUCAUAUGUCGAUAUGUUUCUGGAGGAUCACCACCGUUGAUGAAUAUAUGUUGUCUCUUUCAA